CGAGGAGUUUUCGGAGACUCUUUAAAUUUUCCCUGUCGGACAUUCAGCCCCACAGCCACCAUGGUUCACAGCAGCAGCAUGUGCAGAGUGCUGAUGCUCCUCGGACUCCUGGUCGUCUUCGUUCACACAGAGACAGUCGCAGACCCGGCCUCAACAACCAGGGACAACCAGGACACCAUGUCAGGGGAGCCACCCAGCGACGUCACCACCAGAGACCCCUUCAAGAUCACAGAGCCGUCCUUCACCAACGACAACGAGGACGCCACACCCUCCCAGCCUGUGGACGAGGAGGAAGGGGUGCUGGGGCCGGGCGCCAUCACAGCCAUCGUCAUUGCAGUCUUCCUGGGAGCCUCUGUCCUCCUCGCCCUCAUCGUCAUCACACUGAGGAAGUUCACCGCAUCCUAGAGUGAACGUGUCCCAUCUUGUGUGUGUGUUUGUUAGUGCGUGUAUGUGUGUAUGUGUUUGUUAGUGCAUGUGUGUGUAUGGACGUGUGGGUGUUUGUGUGUCUUCUGCCUCUCAUCUCGAUCUUUAACCUCCUAUCUCUUCUCUGAGCUGCGUCUUUCACUUCCCUGUAGAUGCUGAACAUGGUGGCAGGUCCCUCAACUGACUAUAUUACAGAUUUACUCCUGUAAACACACACUCACACACACACAGACACACACUCUCAAUAACUGUUGCUCAACAUGUUCACUUGUUCCUGAAGGUAUGCUGUUAGAAACUGGCUGGCUCUUCCAGUGGAAACUGUAGCUCGUCCAUGUUAUUUUUUAUUUUUUUUACAUGCAUGCUCUAGAUGCCUUUUAAUGUUUGUGAGCAUUUAGUGUGUCUUUAGAGUUUGCUUCUCUUGUACAUGAAAUGCAAGUUUGUGUGUGCGUGUGUGUGUGUGUGUUUGUGUGUGUUUGUGUGUGUGUGAGUGUUGGUGGGGUUAAUAGUCUUUUAAAGAGUUUACCUUUCGCUAAAUAUCAUUUCUGAAAUAUUCCCCUUGGCAUCGGCCCUGUACACGUUUUGAAGUUUGUGUUGAACCAUGUGCAAACAUUUGUUGAGUCAGAAUAAGAAGGGAGCAGUUUUUAAAAGGCUCCUUCACUGGAUGUGAACAGGGUCGUUUGUUUUACCUGCAGAGCAAACAGGAAGUCACAGUGUGGGCGAAUGUGUGUUGCGCUCUCAAGUGACUGUCGUUUUUUUCUGUUGUUGUUUUAGCAAAAUAAUUUUGUCUUUUUCCAUUCCCCUCUGAGCCCUCGAUGAAGUUUUGUGUUUAUUUUAUUUGUGAGAUUUUAAACUGAAAGGGAAUCCAAUAAACCACG